AUGAAGACAGCCUUCAUUGUAUUCAUCCUUACUGCUGUGAUGACUAAUGGAUACGGAAGAAUGUGGGGACAUGGGGGUCAUCGGGAUCAUCACCAUCAUCAUCAUCACCACCACCACCACCACGGUCCUCCUAUGCCGCCAUAUCUGAGAAACGCUAGCGAAGAAGCACGAAGGGAGUACCGAAAAAUCAUGUCCAACGACACGUUAACAAUUGCUCAACAGAAGAAGGAAAUCGAGGACUGGGCAAAGAAGAACAAAAUUGAGGAACAAGUCAAAGAAUUCGAUGCAAAUAUGACCAAACAUAGGGAUGAAGUGAGAAAGAAUGUUACCAGCUUGAUAAACUUCCUAUCAAAAGCUCUCGAGCAAUCUUCCAAAAUUUUGGACGACGAAAAUCAGACUCGUCCACAAAUGAAGGAGAAAAUGAAGCAAUUGGUAGCUACGUUCCCUGAAGCAUUUAAUACACUGAAAUUCGCGUUCGGGCAGUACAAACCAGAGCGUGGUCCCCAUGGGCAUAAGCAUCACGGCCGUCGUAUUGGCUGGCUGUCUGAUGGGGAUGAUUCAAAUGAUUCUUGGGAAUGA